UGCUACUCCAGCACUCUACACAGCUUCCUAGAGAAAGCUGACCUUACUCCUGUGCCACCAUGAAAUUCUUCACUGUCCUGCUGUUGGCCAGCCUUGCCACAACCUCUCUUGCUGUCCUGCCUGGGUCUGAAGAUGAACUCCCCAUGAAGACUCAGAACACAGCUGCCAUUUCAGAUUCCCAGUCCACUCUCACCAGCCACACCAGCAAGGAGAGCACUUCCAGUAAGGACUCUUCCAAGGAGUCUUCCAUCUUCGGAGAAGAGCUGGUUUCUGAAGAUGAUGUGGUGAUAGAAUGUGCCAAGUCAAAGAGUCAAAAGGCUCAGGCCGGGAUCAGGAGUGGGACGUCUCAGCUGGAAGAGUCCACGGGAUCCACCACAUCAGCUGAAACCAUCGCAGAGGGAGAACUGACUAAGUUAAGCCAGGCAAUGGGGGAAAAGCUGGGUAAAACAACUGGAGACUCCAUGAAUGGUGUGGAAGACAUAAUCCCUGCUGCCAAUGGUAUCGAGAAGCCAUGAAGACAAGAAUGCCUAACCAUGUCCCAUGCUAGGUCACAGGAGGGGCCUUCAUCAUCCACACUCUGUUCAAGCCAGCCAUCACCUCUCAGUGUGCCCGUCAACGUCUUACAUUAAAGUAUCUCAA